AUGAGAGUCAGUGAUUUUGUCCAAGGGGGCAGGGAUUCAAAUGGGAUAGAGAAGAGGCUCCCAAAGCUAGUUCAAAAUUCCAGAGAGCGCCAAGUUGAGCUGGCCAAAAUAAAGCUACCGCCCGCUCCGUUGGGUGGAUUACAUGGGUUGAACCGUCCUUCUGUUAUCAAGGAGCACAGAAAUUCACAUCCAGAAAACACAACGUCCCAUGGACUACCUAGCAAGGUACCACAAGAGGUUAAUACUGCAAAUCAAGAACCCGGGGACAUUUUUGAUACCGACCUUGAGGGUGUUGAUGAUUCUACUACCACCUUUAGCGUCUUGCGGAACACAGACGCGGGAUCUGUUGCGGGGAAUCCUUAUUAUGCACAUGAAGAUACCAGUCGCCCAGGCACGGCUGUGGCCCAAAAAACCGGUGGUUAUAAGUCUAUCGCCGAGAGAAUCAAAGAGCUUGACUCUGACGAAGAGGGGAAUAUACAAGGGACAAAUGACCAUAACCAAGCACAUCAGGGACAAGAAGAAUUUAUAGAACAGGCAGGAGAUGACCAUCGAGAGCAUGGUUCCGGCUGGGAGGUCAACAAUGCCCAUUCCACGAAGGAAACGCUAAGCUGGCAAAAGAUUGAGGCAAUCCUAAGAGAAGAUAGUUCUUCACCAAACAGAAAUGUGGAAAGAGAAGGAACCUUUCACCCAAACUCUCAAAAUUUCUAUCAAGCUCCGAUUGCCAGGGACAGUCACUUAAAUGGAACUCCAUUAACAACCCAACCUCCGCCCAACAACCACUUCGAAGUCCCUAAAAUCUCCCACAGGCCGGUAGCCCAAAGGCUUUCAACAAGAAAUAGGUUUGCGGCACGGCCUCAUUUUGCUGCGCCUGACCCAUAUUCCGGUCAUGCUGAGGAGCCAAAUCAAGAAGUUGAGGAGAAUUUGGCGGACCAGCAACUGCAUCAUUCUGUAGAUGACCAGUCCUCGGCUCAUAACCGGGGAGCCUUUGAUACAGCAACCGAUCUCAGCGCUGUGGACUACUCCGAUGAUGAUGGGUUUGAAGAAAUGGCCCGUCAUGAAGAACAUAUCUCCCUACACUCACCCCAUCUCUCUACAGUGUCAGCUAUUUCAUCCAAGCGUCCUUACUCAAACUUUAUAUCCGACUAUCCACCUAACAUCCUGGAAACAAAAGCAUUCUCAGAUCUCCAGGCGGAGAGCUUUGACUUUAGUCCAACCCCUGUCCAGCCCCUCUUUCAGCAUGACGCACAGCUAUCACUAAAAGACAAGCUCCUCCGCCUAAAAAAUUUGACAGAUGAUCAACGUCGUGUAUUCUUUUCGUCCGUGACUAUAUCAGAGUGGGAAAAAUGUGGAGAUUUGCUGGUUGACGAAUUUUGUCAAAUGUUACAGAAAUCCAAAGAAGUCCGCCAAACCAGACGGGAUGUGGCCGCUAUUUUCGAAGCAGAAAUCAAGAGACGCCAUGAUGCUGUUGAAGCUGAGGGAAAUGCCAUUAAGGAUCGUCUUGAAGAUAUGAAAGCUGGAGGAUUGGGUGUUCUAAAGCGGCAAAUCCCUUGA